UGGAUAUUGGAUAUGCAGGGAAGCGCUCAAAUUCAAUUUUACGUUACUGAGGUGUGAAAGAUGAUAAUUCAGGAGACUGCGUUUUCUGGAGACAUUUACGCUUAAUUAAUUAGAAUAACCAAUUUUUCCUUACCAAACAUGAGUCGUUCCGCGUUAGAAAUGAAUUUCAUGCGUCUUUUAUACUGCACCGAAUGUCUUGCAGUACAAAAGAAGUUGGGAACCACUUACAAUGCCUACGUGAAAACUUUGGAAACGUUCUUUAACAAAUUGAUCUCCUCAAAUUAUCGUCCUUCUCCAGAAUGUAUACGUAAUUAUGAAAUAAGAGUAAAAAAGUUAAAAGAAAACUGUGAUACUGUACAAACUUCAGAUUCAGUAUCUACUCAUUAUCUAUCUCAUGAUAAAACUACUUCUGCACUGAAGGCAAUCACUCCAGCGGAAGAGAAUGACAGUGCGGUGUCCAAAGAUAUUUCAUCACAGGAGACAGAUAAUACAUUUACUGAAAUAGUGGAGAACACAUCAGUCAUUCAAUGCGCAUAUUCUGAUACAUGCGAUUUGAUUGCGAAAGAACGUCAACGGAUAAAUCGUGAUUUAAGAGAACAAUUAUUAGACAGUAAAAAGCUGUUUGUUAUUAAAGGAGUAUUCAUUUUCAUGAUAAAGUUCUUCUCUGAUUCUCUGAGUUGUUAG